CGUCAUCAUGAAUAUUUGAUUAUUAGUAGCAGCUUUGAUCAUCCACGAUGUCAUGAUUGCUUCCUAAAAUUACGCGCACAAACUGGUGUUCUACCACUUUCGAUAACUUCACCGGUAGAUUGUUGUAGUCCAAGUGGUUUAAGUGAUGGUACAUCCGGAAAAGUUUCAUCACCACAUUUACCAUUAUCAUUGGUUGUUGAACAAAAACGUUCAAGGACCGAAUAG